GCCUGAGGGGGGGGAGGGAUGUUGAAGAUUCGAAUUGUUCAGCGCAUAAUAGAAUGUCCUCUCUUAUGUUUUGCCGUAUUUAGGCUUUUAAAAUAAACCAGUGAAGCUCUAUCCAAAAAUAAUGCUCGAAGUAUAACGGUCUACCAGGUUACAAAAACACGGAUAUCCUUUCCAUAGCGUAGAGGUAUUAAAGUAAGUUUGAACACUAUUUCAGUUGUUCUAUAACCUACAUUUUUCCUUUUCACUUCUCUUUUUCAGAAAAAAUGUUUGGGCUCAGUGUCCUGCUGGCUAUUACAUGGAGGGCAUCUAUAUCACCGAUCCAACAAAUAUUUACAACAUCGAAGAGUCCAAGUGCUGUCGUCCACAGAAUCAUCCGAACGCUUAUGAUGACUGUUAUGAUGAGGAUGUUUACAUUUCGUUCGACAAGAAAGGUUGGAGCGAAUGCAAACGGGAUGGCUAUUACAUGACUGGAAUCUACAAAGGCGGCUGUGAGCGCCUUUACUGCAUUGAAAAAUUCAAAUGCUGCAGCAUGAAGAAAGGUAUUGCGUUCUAUGUGCUUCAAAAUCUUUACAAUUAUAGUAAAGAGGGAAGUUUAAGACUCUGAGUGAUGCGUUAAGUUUAUCAAAAGGGUACAAGAUUUAACUAAAGAGAGAUGUAAAAUUGAAACUAUAAAAGGAAACAAACCAUUGGAAUUCUGAUAGAUAAAAGAACCCAGAAUAUUUCUGCAUUUCAAAUGAAAUGUCAAACCAUUAAGGUGCAAGGCACUGGUGACAAGGUGACAAUCGGGCCUCAUUUCACACUCAUACUUUGCUCUUCAAGAUGAGAGCAGCGAUAAGAUCAUAUUAUGAUAUGAUUAAAUUUAUCAUUCACAAUGAAAAUAAUCAUAUGUCGAUCAAAAAACUUACUUAUUUUAGAAAGAACUUAUUUAUUUCAGCUGCAGUUAAUGGUGGAUGGUCUGAAUUCGGACCUUUUGGAGAAUGCAGCGCCACUUGUGGAGGUGGAAUCAAGGAGCGCUCACGAACCUGUACCAAUCCCCCUCCGUCAGGAGGUGGAGCCCAAUGUUCAGGGUCAGCUAAGGAAACAAUGGUUUGUAAUGUGGAGCCUUGUGAUGGUA